GGUUGGAGCUAGGGUUAGGGUUAGGGUUAGGGUUGGAGUUAGGGUUAGUGUUGGAGCUAGGGUUAGGGUUGGGCUUGGAGCUAGGAUUUUUCUGAGUGCAAUGAACCAACUCCCGAGUCUCUAGGACGUUCCUAAAAAAAUUUGAUUUUUCCCAUAGGAAUGCAUGGGUUAGGGUUAGGGUUAGGGUUUAGGGUUAGGGUUAGGGUUAGGGUUGGAGUUAGGGUUAGUGUUGGAGCUAGGGUUAGGGUUGGGCUUGGAGCUAGGAUUUUUCUGAGUGCACUGAACCAACUCCCGAGUCUCUAGGACGUUCCUAAAAAAAUUUGAUUUUUUCCCAUAGGAAUGCAUGGGUUAGGGUUAGGGUUAGGGUUGGAGCUAGGGUUAGGGUUAGGGUUAGGGUUGGAGUUAGGGUUAGUGUUGGAGCUAGGGUUAGGGUUGGGCUUGGAGCUAGGAUUUUUCUGAGUGCACUGAACCAACUCCCGAGUCUCUAGGACAUUCCUAAAAAAAAUUGAUUUUUUCCCAUAGGAAUGCAUGGGUUAGGGUUAUGGUUAGGGUUAGGGUUGGAGCUAGGGUUAGGGUUAGGGUUAGGGUUGGAGUUAGGGUUAGUGUUGGAGCUAGGGUUAGGGUUGGGCUUGGAGCUAGGAUUUUUCUGAGUGCACUGAACCAACUCCCGAGUCUCUAGGACGUUCCUAAAAAAAUUUGAUUUUUUCCCAUAGGAAUGCAUGGGUUAGGGUUAGGGUUAGGGUUGGAGCUAGGGUUAGGGUUAGGGUUAGGGUUGGAGUUAGGGUUAGUGUUGGAGCUAGGGUUAGGGUUGGGCUUGGAGCUAGGAUUUUUCUGAGUGCAAUGAACCAACUCCCGAGUCUCUAGGACGUUCCUAAAAAAAUUAGAUUUUUUCCCAUAGGAAUGCAUGGGUUAGGGUUAGGGUUAGGGUUGGAGCUAGGGUUAGGGUUGGAGCUAGGGUUAGGGUUAGGGUUGGAGUUAGGGUUAGUGUUGGAGCUAGGGUUAGGGUUGGGCUUGGAGCUAGGAUUUUUCUGAGUGCACUGAACCAACUCCCGAGUCUCUAGGACGUUCCUAAAAAAAAUUGAUUUUUUCCCAUAGGAAUGCAUGGGUUAGGGUUAGGGUUAGGGUUGGAGCUAGGGUUAGGGUUAGGGUUAGGGUUAGGGUUGGAGUUAGGGUUAGUGUUGGAGCUAGGGUUAGGGUUGGGCUUGGAGCUAGGAUUUUUCUGAGUGCAAUGAACCAACUCCCGAGUCUCUAGGACGUUCCUAAAAAAUUUGAUUUUUUCCCAUAGGAAUGCAUGGGUUAGGGUUAGGGUUAGGGUUGGAGCUAGGGUUAGGGUUAGGGUUAGGGUUGGAGUUAGGGUUAGUGUUGGAGCUAGGGUUAGGGUUGGGCUUGGAGCUAGGAUUUUUCUGAGUGCACUGAACCAACUCCCGAGUCUCUAGGACAUUCCUAAAAAAAUUUGAUUUUUUCCCAUAGGAAUGCAUGGGUUAGGGUUAUGGUUAGGGUUAGGGUUGGAGCUAGGGUUAGGGUUAGGGUUAGGGUUGGAGUUAGGGUUAGUGUUGGAGCUAGGGUUAGGGUUGGGCUUGGAGCUAGGAUUUUUCUGAGUGCAAUGAACCAACUCCCGAGUCUCUAGGACGUUCCUAAAAAAAUUUGAUUUUUUCCCAUAGGAAUGCAUGGGUUAGGGUUAGGGUUAGGGUUGGAGCUAGGGUUAGGGUUAGGGUUAGGGUUGGAGUUAGGGUUAGUGUUGGAGCUAGGGUUAGGGUUGGGCUUGGAGCUAGGAUUUUUCUGAGUGCAAUGAACCAACUCCCGAGUCUCUAGGACGUUCCUAAAAAAAUUUGAUUUUUUCCCAUAGGAAUGCAUGGGUUAGGGUUAGGGUUAGGGUUGGAGCUAGGGUUAGGGUUAGGGUUAGGGUUGGAGUUAGGGUUAGUGUUGGAGCUAGGGUUAGGGUUGGGCUUGGAGCUAGGAUUUUUCUGAGUGCAAUGAACCAACUCCCGAGUCUCUAGGACGUUCCUAAAAAAAUUUGAUUUUUUCCCAUAGGAAUGCAUGGGUUAGUGGUUAGGGUUAGGGUUGGAGCUAGGGUUAGGGUUAGGGUUAGGGUUGGAGUUAGGGUUAGUGUUGGAGCUAGGGUUAGGGUUGGUCUUGGAGCUAGGAUUUUUCUGAGUGCAAUGAACCAACUCCCGAGUCUCUAGGACAUUCCUAAAAAAAUUUGAUUUUUUCCCAUAGGAAUGCAUGGGUUAGGGUUAGGGUUAGGGUUGGAUCUAGGGUUAGGGUUAGGGUUAGGGUUAGGGUUAGGGUUGGAGUUAGGGUUAGUGUUGGAGCUAGGGUUAGGGUUGGGCUUGGAGCUAGGAUUUUUCUGAGUGCACUGAACCAACUCCCGAGUCUCUAGGACAUUCCUAAAAUAAUUUGAUUUUUUCCCAUAGGAAUGCAUGGGUUAGGGUUAGGGUUAGGGUUGGAGCUAGGGUUAGGGUUAGGGUUAGGGUUGGAGUUAGGGUUAGUGUUGGAGCUAGGGUUAGGGUUGGGCUUGGAGCUAGGAUUUUUCUGAGUGCACUGAACCAACUCCCGAGUCUCUAGGAUGUUCCUAAAAAAAUUUGAUUUUUUCCCAUAGGAAUGCAUGGGUUAGGGUUAGGGUUAGGGUUAGGGUUGGAGCUAGGGUUAGGGUUAGGGUUAGGGUUGGAGUUAGGGUUAGUGUUGGAGCUAGGGUUAGGGUUGGGCUUGGAGCUAGGAUUUUUCUGAGUGCAAUGAACCAACUCCCGAGUCUCUAGGACGUUCCUAAAAAAAUUUGAUUUUUUCCCAUAGGAAUGCAUGGGUUAGGGUUAGGGUUAGGGUUGGAGCUAGGGUUAGGGUUAGGGUUAGGGUUGGAGUUAGGGUUAGUGUUGGAGCUAGGGUUAGGGUUGGGCUUGGAGCUAGGAUUUUUCUGAGUGCAAUGAACCAACUCCCGAGUCUCUAGGACGUUCCUAAAAAAAUUUGAUUUUUUCCCAUAGGAAUGCAUGGGUUAGGGUUAGGGUUAGGGUUGGAGCUAGGGUUUGGGUUAGGGUUAGGGUUGGAGUUAGGGUUAGUGUUGGAGCUAGGGUUAGGGUUGGGCUUGGAGCUAGGAUUUUUCUGAAUGCAAUGAACCAACUCCUGAGUCUCUAGGACGUUCCUAAAAAAAAUUGAUUUUUUCCCAUAGGAAUGCAUGGGUUAGGGUUAGGGUUAGGGUUGGAGCUAGGGUUAGGGUUAGGGUUAGGGUUGGAGUUAGGGUUAGUGUUGGAGCUAGGGUUAGGGUUGGGCUUGGAGCUAGGAUUUUUCUGAGUGCAAUGAACCAACUCCCGAGUCUCUAGGACGUUCCUAAAAAAAUUUGAUUUUUUCCCAUAGGAAUGCAUGGGUUAGGGUUAGGGUUAGGGUUGGAGCUAGGGUUAGGGUUAGGGUUAGGGUUGGAGUUAGGGUUAGUGUUGGAGCUAGGGUUAGGGUUGGGCUUGGAGCUAGGAUUUUUCUGAGUGCAAUGAACCAACUCCCGAGUCUCUAGGACGUUCCUAAAAAAAUUUGAUUUUUUCCCAUAGGAAUGCAUGGGUUAGGGUUAGGGUUAGGGUUGGAGCUAGGGUUAGGGUUAGGGUUAGGGUGCCAACCCAAUUUUUCACCUUCCAGAAUUGUGUUAGGAGCACGUUUCAGGCCACGGGGAGUCUAUAGAACCUUAUUCUGGGGGAAGCUUUUUGAAAAGUUUACUUAGGGUUAGGGUUAGGGUUGGAGCUAGGGUUAGGGUUAGGGUUUUGGUUGGAGCUAGGGUUAGGGUUAGGGUUAAGGUUGGAGCUAGGGUUAGGGUUAGGGUUAGGGUUAGGGUUGGAGCUAGGGUUAGGGUUAGGGUUAGAGCUAGGGUUAGGGUUAGGGUUGGGGUUAGGGUUAGGGUUGAGGAAGCGUUAAAUCUAGAAGUAGUUUGAUUUGUUAAGCAUCUUUGAUAAAGUUGAAAUUUGUGUAGCUGCUCCCUGCUGUCUAAGAAAGAAAGAAGGAUGAGGACAACCAUAAUACACUUGUGACAAUGUCUAAGUCCAAGUUUGAGUAAUUAGACAACCACUGUCAAUUUUCAUGAACGAGAUAACUCAAAGAGCGACACAACUGCUUAAAAUCAUGAUUGCCUGCCUUCGUACGAAUGCGCUUGAACUCCCAGGAUCCCAACCAUCUAUAAAUCAUUAACAAAACUCAUUUUAUGGAUCGCAGCCUUAACCAUCUCCUAAAUGAAUCUGUGGCAGUCUUGCUUUUCACUCAAGUACUUCGACCUCUUGCUGACUUUACCUUUAAAGUGUCUUGGUGUUUCCGUUGUUUUUCUCUUUAGCUUUUGUUCUCUUCUUAUAAUUCCCUGUUAUUUUCCACCGCUGUUUUCUUUACAAAUGGCCCUACAGGCACAUAAAGACUUCUAAAUAUAGAAACAUUACCUACAGCCAGUAAAUUGCAUUAAAUUGAUUUCCCUGCAAGAAAUUAUAUAGCAGAAGUUUGCAUGCUGGGGCUUAAAGGUUAAUACAAAGCCAAGAGUCUGACAAGAUGAAUAGUCCUUUGUAGCUCCUGGUGUUGAUUGUAAUGACAUGGUGUGCAACUUAUAUAAUCCAAUGGAACAAAUUCCAUAUCUAUAAAAGUUAUUAAUUGUAAAACUUUUAACAACUGCCCAGCAAAAUGACCAGUGAUGGAAUACAUGAUGAUAAGACCUCACUCUUUUAAGCUGAUGAGAAACACAGAUAAGAUGAGAUAAAAUAAAAAGAUGAGAUAAGAUAAAAUAAAAAAAAUGAGAUGAGAUGAGAUAAAAUAAGAAAAAUAUAAAAAGAUGAGAUAAGAUGAAAUAAAAAAGAAGAGAAGAGAUAUGAUAUACUAAAAAUUUGGUGAGAUGAGAUGAGAUAAAAUGAAAUAAAACAAGAUGAGAUGAGAUAAAAUAAGAUGAGAUGAGAUGAGAUAAGAUAAAAUAAAGAUACUUUACUCUUUUAAGCUGAUGAGAAACACAGAUAGGAUGAGAUGAGAUAAGAUAAAAUAAGAUGAGAUGAGAUAAGAUCUUACAUAAUAAGAUGAGAUGAGGUAAGAUAAAAUGAAAUAAAAUGAGAUGAGAUAAGAUAUUAUCAAAUAAAAUAAGUAGGAUGAGACGAGAUAAGAAGAUAAAUUAAGAUAAGGUAAGAUAAAAAUAAGAUGAGGUAAGAUAAAAAAGAUAAGAUGAGAUGAGAAGAUAAAAUAAGAUGAGAUCAAAUAAAAUAAGAUGAGAUGAGAUAAGACGAAGAUAAUACUUGAUUCUUUUAAGCUGAUGAGAAACACAGAUAAGAUGAGAUAAGAUAAAAUAAGAAGAGAUUAGAUAAGAUAUUAUCAAAUAAAAUAAGAUGAGAUGAGAUAAGAUAUUAUCAAAUAAGAUGAGAUAAGAUAAAAUAUAAUAAGAAGAGAUGAGAUAAGAAGAUAAAAUAAGAUGAGGUAAGAUCAAAUAAGAUAAGAUAAAAUAUAAGAUGAGAUCAGAUAAGAUAAAAUAAAAUGAGAUAAGAUAAAACCAAAUAAGAUGAGAUAAGAUAAAACCAAAUAAGAUCAGAAAAGAUAAAAUAAAAUGAGCUAAGAUAAAACCAAAUAAGAUGAGAUGAGAUAAAAUAAAGUAAGAUGAGAUGAGACAAGGUAAAAUAAGAUUAGAUGAACCUAUCUUCAUCCCAUGGUGGGGAAUUUGCAGUAUAGUUUGUGCACAGAUAAUUAUAGAGGUUAAAUUAGACCAAUACAAAAAAAAUGUGAUGUGUAACAAAUCUAAAAACGGUUCCACACAGUGAUCAAAAAGGAAUUGAACAUUUUUUUACUGCACAUUAUUUGGGUGUGAUGUUGGAUCUUUCAUUUAUCACUUUUUCACACUGGAAAGAUGUGUACCCCAAGAACAUAGAUACUGAUUCCUAACUUGUUACCGGAGUAACCCUGGCAGAGACUCAGACUCAGACAGAUCUGAUGACAAUGAUGAAGACAUUCUGGGGAUUCUUAAGGGUCUCGCUUCCCUCAUAUCCACAUACGUGUCCUUGCUGCCCCUUCUUGCUGGUGGGGCGACCUAAGAUUGAGGUCGGCUGGCCUGGCUGGCAGGUGAAGUUCAGCUUUCACGUCAUGAAUCCUUCUCACAAGGACACCUGUUGGUUGAGGAAGAUAAGAGGCAGCUGGCUUUCUAUCAGUAAUGCUGCUUACAGGGUAGCAUUGAGAAGAGAGAGCAGCAUUUGGCCCCAUAUCAAGUAUUCAACCAGUAUGACUGCCCUUCAUUUCAACACACACACACACACACACAAGAGAGAGAGAGAAAACCCUGCAUCCAGAGUCAACACUCCUCACACUUACACAGGAAAGUUCUGGAAACACUGUCGCUGGUUUCAUCAAGCUGCAGGUUAACAGUCCUGGUAGAUGAAGGUUGAACGAAAGAAGGACAUUGUUAUUGAUCCAGACAAGCCCCACCCCCUAAAUCUAAACCGCCUCACCUGUUGACCUUUUCCUUCCUUGUGUGUCUAAUACGUUUACAGAGAUGCAAGUGUGAAGGUGAUACAGCCUCCAGUCCAGCUAUAAUCUCAAUCUAAAGCUUCUGUGACACCACUUUACUGUGUGACUCCUGUGGUCAAAGCAAUCCCAUCAUACAGAUUGAAAGACUUUGAUUAGAUUAGAUAAAGACAGAAUUUUAUUUAUCUUUUUGGGAAAGUUCCCCUUAAGGAAAUCAAAAAUUAAUAAUCAUUUAUGGAAAGUAUUUCAUUUAAAAUACAGUAUAUCCUCAUCUUAAUAGAGUUUGAUUAGAGUGUUAUAAAGCAGUCCACAUAUCCAUACAUUUGCAUUACAUUUGCAUGAUUUACACAAAGCGCUGCUGGUUAUCAGUUUCAUAUAGAGUGGUUCUUACCUCUGCUGUCUUUCAGGGCCACAUUUCAGGGAUCAGACCAAAUUUAACUGGAAAGUUCGUUAAUUAAAAUGCCUGGAUCUAAUCUGUGCAGUGUCACCUAUAGAUGGGUUUCUGUGCAACAUCCUGAUAUUAGAAAACAACGUCACAAUCUGGUAAACUGAGUGAAAUUCAUGGAUAUUUCAGCAAGUGUUUUUCUGAUUUUGAUGCAAUGAAAAGAAAAGUGAUUUUUCAGUGAAAUGACAUCAAAUUACAGUUGUGUCAGGGAGAACUUCAUUGAUAUCAGUUCACUCUGAAGCAGGUUUUUGCCCCCUGGUUGCCGUCAAUAGGUUUCAGGAAAGCCCAACAAUGGCUGCCAUAUUGGAAAUGUUGACUCAGUUUGGGGCAUUUGUAAUACAUAUAAACAGUUAUCAUUUUAGACCCCAUUCAGUGUUAACAAAAAUAAUCAACUACAUUAAAGGCUGCGUACCCAGAAUUUUUAUAAAUAUGUUGAGUUUUGCAUUUAAACAUAAGGCCUGAUAAGGUUUCCUUGGCUUUUACAACCAGCCUCAAGUGGACCCGAGUAAUUCCAGCUGUUGUGCCUCCAGAUUGCCUCGUUUUCAGUGUUGAAAGCUGUCACUUUUUCAAUGAGCAUCUCAUCUGGGACUGCUGCAUUUGUCAAAAUGCCAAUGUAUGCAAAUGAGGGUGGCAGCGCUCCUUCGACGUUAUAUCAGCAGGUCUUUGUUGUGAAACAUAAUGCUGUAUUUUUGCACUGUGAUUGAAAACCAUCUUUGACAGACAGAAUCAAAACUUAUGUGGCUUUCAAAGUGCUGAAGCCUUGGCGGGCAGAGAAACUUCAAUUAUGGAUACAAAAGAAUGUGACAUCUCGAAGAAAAUAUAAGAAAUACAGCUGUUUGGAAUAAAAUGUAUUCAUUAUUAUUUUGACUCCUUUGAAAUAGUCAAAAAGCCAGAUUUGUCCGAGAGGAAAUUUCAUACAUUUCUGAUCAUGAACUUUGCUUUUUAAAUUUUUUUUCAUUAAUCUUAAGAAAUGCUCAAAGGCUGAAUGACAUGGAUGAAUAUUUUAAGAAGCUGAAAAUCGUGCAUUGCAGUUUUAUCCUUUCAUCUAGAUAAAUCUAUUUAUGAAACCUUAGAAAUAAUCAUAGAAUAUAAAAUAUUCACCCAAACGUACCAAAUUUCUUUCCCUGCCUCUCUGCUGCAUCUCGAUCUGUGUUGAGGGUAUCAAAAGUUCUUGUCAGGUGUGGCCUUCAGAACAAAAUUCAGAGUAAGUCCUAUCUUUUCCUCUUGCUUAUCUCAGCGGAGCGUCCUUCACAGGCUGUAUAAAGUGCUGAGACCUGCUCUGCUGCUCUGCUGUCACUGCGAACGACAGACAACAUGCUGCCUGCAGUUGUUAAGCUCUGCUGUGGAAUAUCCUACCCCCACCUGAGGAGCAUGGCAGGUAAAACUAAAUAUAUAUCCUUAUUUAAAUUCAAUUCGAAGUAAUAUUUUAGACUGUAUUUCUGUAUUUUUCGUAUGCAUGAAAAACAGAGACUUUUCUGUUUAUAUUGUUAUUAAUGAGCCGUUUUCAUGCAGGACUUCAACGCACAGCUGUGGCAGUGAUAGGCCAGGAGAUCACACAUCUGCAGAGAUGGAGACAGCUGCAACAUCACAUAGGAACACAUUUCGGAUUGAAUUAUAAAGGUGAAAAUAAAGACAUCUGUCAUUUUGAUGAAGGGAUUUGUUGUGUAGUUGUUGAAAGAAUACUUAAAGGGAUGUUUUUUUUUUUCAGAGCCCAAGCAUGAAGAUGUGAAACCCAUGCAGUGCACAGAAGAACAGCUGUUCUUUACAGAGCAGGGCCAGGACGCCAUGAGGAAAGCUCUCAGUAUGCUGGAGGAAAAAGACGGAUGGAGGGUAGAGAUCGCAGAGGUAACAUCAGACUGAUUCAAGCAUGUUUGAUUGACAUAUUUGUGUCUUUCAUGGUCUUCAAAGUCUCUUUCAGGGGACCAAAGUCACCAUUGUGUUUCAUUAAAAAAACAACUCUUUGUUGCUUUUUUCUCAGAGUAAUGGGGAUGUAAUCUGCAGCAAAGUGAUACCAGGAGCCAGGAGGGUCUUCAGGCUGGAGGCGGUCCUGGAGGGAAGCGUUGAAGAGCUUUAUGACCUCCUGUUUGUGAGAGUAGAGGAGAUGCACCUGUGGAACCCAAGCAUACAGCAAAUCAAAGUGAGCUGAAGAUCCCUUAUCAACUACUGAGAUCAGGUUUCAAUCUGGGAUCAAUAUGUCAGAGUAUCCAUGGGCAAAGCCAGUACUGGAGGGUGCUUUAGAUAACUACUAACUUAGUAUUUUCAUUUUUCGUCUUUCAGAUUCUGAAGCAGGUUGGACCUGGAACCAUGGUCACACACGAGGUCUCGGCAGAGACGGCAGGAAAUCUGAUCGGGCAGAGGGAUUUCUUGAGCGUCCGACACAGCUACAAACAGGAGUCCAGAGCUUAUCUUGGAGGAGCUGCCAUUCAGCUGGAGUCCUUCCCACCCCAGCCAGGCUUUGUGAGGUAGGAGGACGUAGCUUUGGCAUCACUCUAACAGAACAUGAAAAAUGGUUAAUUAAAGUGAGUACAAUGAUCACAUUAAAGGGAUAUUCCAGCGUAAAAAUAAGUUAGGGUCAAACACACCGUAACACCGAGUUAGACACCCCGUCGAGAGAUGAGUGUCGCCGACCGCUUGCCUCUCUAGUUAUACCAACUUUAGUAACGACUGCAGAUAGCAAUACAGAGAGCCAUGUACUCAACCAAAACACCACUCUAUAGCCACAAAUGAUGCUCAGAACAGCACCUAACUUCAUCAACAGUACAUAUAGGGUCCUAGCCACAGCCUGAUUUCUUUAGCAAAGAGACUAAACACAACUCACCGACUCUCUUCCAGCAGCCGCUUGUUUGUGACGAGACCUCAGGCUAGUCCAUUACGGACUAUAGCGGGGUGACGCAGCUCAAGGAAGAACAUUUAUGAUCAUUACUUCAUGGAAAUGCAAUCAGCUCGAGAUCCCAAGGCAGAAGAACUCCCACGUCUGCAGUGCAUAUUAAUUGAUAUGAUGAUUAUUACUUCAAGGGAAUGAUAAAGUAAUUAUUAUAAAUGUUCCUCCUCGAGCUGCGUCACCCUGCAGCAGUCAAUGAACUCACCUGGAGGCCUCCGUGCAAACAAGCGGCUGCUGGAAGAGAGUAGGUGAGUUGUGUUUAGUCUCUUUGCUAAAGAAAUUAAGCAAAACUAAAAAGAUGUUUGGUGGCUAGUGCUGUGACUGGGACUCUACUGUUGAUGAAGUUAGGUGCUGUUCUGAGCAUUAUUUGUGGCUAUAGAGUGGUGUUUUGGUUGAACACGUGCCUCUCUGUAUUGCUACCUGCGAUCAUCACUAAAGUUCGUAUAACUAGAGAAGCAAGCGGUUGACAACGUUCAUCUCUCGAUCUCUCUCGAAAAUUAAUUUUACGCCGGAAUAUCCCUUUCAGUUUGAUUGUGGCGCCUCCUGUGGGUCAUUUUAUCUCUUUAGCUAGAUUCCACUUUACAUGCAAGUAUACGAAGCUAUGUCCUUAUCAAAAAAUCCCUACCCUGCUCUCUUUUUGAUGUAAAAAUAUUUUAUUGGCUGCAAGUCUUUAACUCUCAGGUGUUCAAAAUGAGAAACAACUGUUUGUUCUCCUCUGUUUUUGUGGCCUGUAUAGAAGCAUCAGUAAAGACUGCUCGGUUUUUCUGCAGAUUUUAUUGGACUCAGGCAGCAGCUGACUCAUUAGCAAAUUGACUAAAGGAUUGUGUGACCACUAAUCAAGAGAGGCCAUCUAGGGGCACCAGGGUGGCUUAGCUCAUUGAGCUGCUUUCCCUCAUGCAGAGGCCAAAGUCAAAGAAUCAAUUCCUGGUUUCAACAGGAUUUGGCAAAUGUCAUCCCCCGCUCUUUCCCACAUUAGCUGUCUCUCCCUCCCUGCUGUCUUAUCCAAAAGAGGCUAAAAAUAAGGGGUGUGCGGACGUCAGCUUGUGCAAGUUCUUCAGGAUAUUGUGAAGUCAUGGGAGUGAGAGACGAGAGUGCUUUUUUUAUGCAGAUGACUUGCUCCAGCUGUGAUGAAACAGUCGUACAGACAUCAGCUGGGUCCAAGUUUCAUAAAAAGCCAUUUAAAAGCAGCUCUAACCAUUACAGCUCAUUAUCUUGGGUCACAACUGAGAUCAUUCAUCAUGAGACUGAAGUUCUCACAGCAGAGAGUCGGGACAUUACAUUACAUAAAGAGAGGAAACUGCUCUUAUUGCUACUCUGAGAGAUAAUCAUGUGAGUCAGCCUUGGUGCUCCCUGUUGACACCGAAUGACAUCUUCUUUAUUUUUGGAUCUUUGCCCGUACAUUUUCCAUCCAGCCGGUAUUUAACUCUGUUGAAGGAUCUCAGUGUGCUAUCUUUAAAUGUCAAACACACCACUCUCUGAGGAUCUUCGCUUUCAGAAAAGGUUAAAGAAAAAAAAGGAGUUAUUAUGGCAGCAGUUUGCAGACACUCGAAGUUUUAAUACAGAUAAGGUUGGUCUUUUUGCUGAUGGUUUAAUUUGCGCCAACAGGUCAUAAAAAGGCAUCAACAGAAAUCCUCACAGCAGUUUUAGCUUCUGUCAUGUUGGUCCUGCGGGAUUAGUUGCAUAAUAUGUUUUGUGAAGCCAGACAAAGGUGUGUGUCGUUCAUCCUGCUUUCUUCUUAUUCUUUGUGAAUUUUUCCCAGUAGGAAACAACUAAACCAUUCAGUCUGGUAAGGCUGUACACAGUGAAUAGCUCGGUGGUUCUUGGAACUACCUGCCAAAUUUAGCUUGCUUGGAAAAACACAAAGAGCUGAUGACAACAGAGAAAUCCCUCAAACAUACAUAUGGAUUCAACAGAGGUUAGGGCUGGUUAUUGUGGCAGACUCCAGGUUUAAGCAGGAUAGAGUGUCCUAUUGCUUGGAUUUCUGCAGAUAUUAUGUUGCGUUUGAGUUACCUCGGAAGUUGGAUGUCGGAGCUGGGAGUGACGUCACAACCGAGUUACCAGCGUUUCAGUUACCAAGUCGGAAAAAAGCGAAAUUAGAGGCGGAAACAAGAUAGAUACAUCUACGAAAGGGGAUGCUAAAAUAACUAAAAUAACAAUCACUAAAAUAACUUGCGUAGAUGUAGCCAUCUUGUUUCUGCCUCCGAUUUUGCCUGUUUCCGACUUGGUAAGUGAAAUGCUGGUAACUUGGGUGUGACGUCAUUCCCAGCUCCGACAUCUGACUUCCGAGGUAACUUGAACGCAGCAUUAGUGCUCCCUUCCAAUCCAAUCCAAUCCACUUGAUAUGUAUAGCACGUUUUAAAAAACAUUCAAGUUUGCCAAAGUGCUGCACAGAAAAAUUUAAAAGAACAAAUACUACAGAAAAUAUCACGAGGAAAUAAAUAAAAGCAGGUAAAAAAAUAAAUAAAUAGACAAGAUAGUCAAUGCUGCUUGGUCCACAGGGGGCGCCAAAAUUGACACAAACAGAAAGUUCCUCACAGGAGCUUUAACCGACUUAUAUACUAGUCUGCUAAUACUGCAUGUUUUUGUAUGUGCUGGACAAAAUAUAGACAAGAGAUAAGAGGCACGGCUUUGUCUACAGGGGUAGUAAAAACAAUUGUUGCUUUGAGAUAGUCAUAACUGACUAAAAGUGCAUCAAGUUUUAUUUAUUAAACAUGAUAAGAGUCUAAAGGAAAAUAAAUAUAUCAGGAGUGUUUGUAGAUAACAAGUCUGGUAGUCCUAUAACAUUUAAUUGAAAAUAAACGUAUGAAACAAAAAGAAAAGUUAAGUUUCUUGUUGUCAUAAAUGUAAUACUUCAUUAACAGUAGACAGACUUGACAGUAGGAUUAUAAAUGGCCUUGGAUACUUUAUAUACACACCAACACUGAUGGAGACACUUCCUUUUAGACUGCUGAUCCAGCACAGUCCAGUACAAUGUCAGAUUGAGUCUGUUUCUGCUCAUUAUUAGUGCGCUCGCUCAAUCCAUUCAUUAUCAGUGCCAAUGCAAUCCAAGUGCAUUCAUGCAACCCACUGCUGAAGCACUGUAAGAGGAGAUUAGCCAUGGAGAACAAGCACCAGUCUCUGAAUUUUAAACAGCCUUGGUGUUGCUCUGAGAGGACUUUUUUUAUAAAGUGUAUAAUAAUAAUAAUAAUAAUAAUCUUGGUUGACUGUCUGUAAAUAUACGGGUUUAUGUUCCUGUUUGCAGAGCCGAGGACGGACCAACCUGUAUUGUCAUUCAGGCUGUGGAAAACGACAGAGGAAAAAGCCGCUUCACAUGGCUCCUUAACAUGGAUGUGAAGGUAGAUACUCAUUUCGUGUGAUUUCUAUUUUGUGAGUGGUCGUAGGAAAGGCUCCUGCAGCCUCUGCUGUUUGUAAUAAAGAUGUUUUUCCUUGGAGAGAUUAUCACAGUUGACAUCACAUAUCCGUGUGCAGGACUUUUUUUAUUACUCUGUGUUUCUAGUAUUUCCACCUGAUAUUUUCUGGCUUUCCUUGAGAGACCAUCUCUGCCUUUUGUUGUUAAUAAGCAGUUACAAAUCACAGGACACUUAUUUUCAGGUUUUCAAUUUCCAGAGAGACACUUUGCUGAAAUGAUGUGCGGUCAGACACCAUCAGGGUGGAAUUGUCAGGGUAGAGAGGACUCCAAUGUUUGUGUUUCAAGGCCCACACUGCAGGAUACACACAGUGGGAAUGUUUAUAUUGUCAGCAAAAUUCAGCAUACACUCAGCACUGUGAGAUAGAAGCUGCAAUUGUGAGAUAUGGGGUACCUAUAUGAGCAGAGUCUACGAUAUGUGCUGAACACCCGCACAACAGUAGCUGGGGAGGUGCAGGGGUAAAUAGCAUCAUAAAUCAUCAGCAGCAUGGCAGGUGUGUGUGUGUGUGUGUGUGUGUGUGUGUGUGUGUGUGUGUGUGUGUGGGGCCAGGGAUAAAUGAACCGCCGGAUUAGAGGAGGAAAGUGUUGCUGAUGUUUCUCAAGAAUAAUGUUUGGUUUAAUUCUGCAAUUUGCAAAAUAUUACAAAUGCAAAAAAUACAUUAGGUCUACAGUAUUUGCAUUAUACACACUCCACAAGUUAACACCCAUAUUCAAGCAAGCGUAAGCUAGCACCAGGGCAUUUAACUGGCUAUAUACCAGAUUAGAAGACUACAUACAUAAAUCCUGUCAAAUUAGCUUCACUCUUGGGAGCCAAUCAGACAGUAGCUCAGGAGGUAGAGCAGUCUUCCAGUAACCAGAAGGUUGGUGGUUUGAUGCCCCCCUAUCCCUAGUCUUUCCAUUGUGUCCUUGGGCAAGACACUUAACCCACCUUUCUCCUUCCUUUGGACAUACUUCUGGUGCUAAUAAGUAUAAAGAAAGUAUUAACAGAGGUUGACAAGAAACAAAUCUCAAAGGUCGAGUCUUCACUUUUUAAGAUUGAAGUUUGAAAGAUCCAUGAUCUACACAUCACGUCUUUCCAGGUUAUAAAUAACUUGGAAGAUUAAGUAUAACAGAGAUAAUGUCAUUCUCAGGGCUGGCUGCCGACAUCCAUUGUCAAUCAGGCUCUGCCCCGGGCACAGCUCGAUUUCACCCGACACCUCCGCAGACGUCUGGCUGGGAACGCUACCCUUGGCUGA